AUGCAGUUCGAGUCGGACUUCCCAUUCGACAUGGACGACAACUUCAGCAUCUAUCCGCAGGCCAUGACCUGCCCGUCCACAGGCACCAGCUUCUCCUCUGCUUCCUCCGCUUGCGAACCAUUCACGCCCACCUCUCGACGAUCUACGCCCAACGACCUGACUCUCGACUUUGAUGGUUCCUUUACCGCCGCUCACCAGGCCGGCGAGCUGACUCCUCCUUCCACGGCAACCUUGCCCAAGUACAUGUUUGGCAACGUGAAGCCCGAGCCUGACCACAUGGGCUUCCCGGAAGUACUUCCUUCAACCCCAGUCCGCAAAGUUGAGCACCUCAACGUAGACUACGAGUUCAUGCCCGGCAUGAACAUGCCCUCACACCAGUCCAUGGGCUCACUGACUCCUUCCAACUCCUUCAACAACAUGUACACCAUCUCGCCCCAGGCUGCCAUGGGUCCCGGCUCCUUCAUGAUGACACCUACGCACAGCCUCUCCGGUUCGGAUAUCGGCGACAGCUCAUCAUCGUGGUCGUGCGGUAACGACAGCCCCAUCGCUCUGUUCCCCCAGCAAAAGACGCUCGCUUCUCACAGCCUCGACGCUAUCGACCUCGAGCGUCACUCCCAGUCCCCCAUUGGCCGCUUCUACCUCCAGGGCCCUCCUCCUUCUCCCAGCCGCCUCCGUGCCCACCGCAAGAUGAUGGUACAGGAGAUUCAGCGCAAGACGUCGGAACUCCAACGUGCCCAGAUCCGCGCCUCAAGGAACAUGUCCGACAAGAGUGACGGUAACGGAGUCGAUGUCGUCCGCCGAGCCAUGUGCAAGUGCGACUACCCCGGGUGCCACAAGGCGUUCCGCCGCAACGAGCACCUGAAGAGACACAAGCAGACGUUCCACGGUGAAGGACCUAACCGUUUCUCGUGUGAGUUCUGCGGAAAAAACCAGUUCAACCGACAAGACAAUCUCAACAACCACCGCAAACUGCACGCCCGCCCCAACAGCCGCAACCGCGGCGUGGAGUUCAUUCCUGCAGCCGUUCCCAUCAUCGAGCAAGAAGAGCGCAGCCGAAAGCGCAGAGCCCCGCCCAAGGCUAAGAUGAUGGCGGACAAUCACGACGAUUACUGA